GAACAUAUUUUUUUUUUUUUUUAGAAUAAAAACAAGUAUAUAUCAAACCACUGAAUUAUUUUAGUCUUCUUUGAAAAGUGUAAUACAAAUGUGUAUAUCAGCUUUACAAAAAAAGAAAUUUAUAUAAUAUCAAAAGAAUAUCAGCAAAAAGUUUCAAUUACUUUUUUCCUAUACAAUAAGAAUCAAUUAUAAAUAUGACGAGAUUAAUUAUUUCCAUUGAAAUUAUUUUUGGACUAAUUUUUAUUGUCAAUGGCAAUAACGAUGAAUUUAGUCAACAAGAUUUAAAAUAUUUAGAAAAUGCUCUUCAUGAAUCAUCAAAAUAUAUGACAAGUGUAGUUAAGGAAGAGGAUAUUGUAAUUUGUAUUGGGGCAACAAGAGCUGGAAAGAGUACAUUAAUAAAUUAUUUAAUUGAAAAUAAAUUAAAAGCCGAGAAAGUUACAAAUUAUCAACCAAUUACAAUAACAAAAGUCGAUAGUCAAUCUUUAGGACCGGAAAUUGGAAUUGGAUCUACGUCAAAAACAACGAUACCAACAAGAUGGAUAUCAAAAAAAUUACCCGAAUUAGCCAUUUGGGAUGCUCCUGGUUUUGAUGAUAAUAGAGGAGCAGUGCAAGAUAUUACCAAUGCUUUUUAUAUUUAUCAAUUAUUACAAAAAGUAAAAUCAUUAAAAAUAGUUUUAAUAGUCGAUAUUAAUGAUAUUCUUCACGAUAAUAUUAAACCAUUUGUAUCGGUUUUAAAAUCAGUGGAAAUUUUAAUGGGUGAUAAAAUGAGAAAUUAUUUUACAAGUAUGUCAAUAAUUUUUACAAAAGUACCAAAUAUUCAAGAUGACAUUCCAUUGGAUAUGCAAUUUAUAAAUGAAAAAUUAACCUAUCAAUUUUUAUCAAAUAGUGAAAUGCAAUUAUCACAAAUUUCAAAAGAAUUUAUACAAUUUCUAAUAAAUAAUAAUAAUCAUAUUGCUUUAUUUAAGAGACCACAAAUUGGACUUGUUACAUCUGCAAUAGAUGUAAAUAUAUUUACAGUUAUUAAAAAUUCCAAUCGAAUUGAAAAAAAUUCUCUAAUGACAAUAAAUCCAAGUAUUUCUGAUCAUUCAAAAAUAUGUUUAUUUAAAGUUCGUGAGACAUUGUAUUCUGUAAAGGCAUUUCAAGAAUUACAAGAUAUUGUAAAAUCUUUUAUUGAUAGAAAAGUAAAUGAUUUAAAUGCAAUUAAUGAUGCAAUAGAAUCUGAAAAUCGUAUAAUACAAAUUAAAAAUGAUUUAAAUGAAUUGAACACUAAAUUACAUAAUGCUAUAUUUUAUACUAAAAGUUUUCCAGAAAAAUUACAAAUUCUUCAAAUAAUUGAUAAUAAUAUUAUUAAAAAAGUAGAAGAACAUAAUUUAUUGGAAAAAUUUAAAUUAAUGGAAUUUGUCGAUAAAUUAUUGAACUUAAAGGAGAGUAUACAAUUGGACGUUGGUAUUCAAACGGUUCUAAAAUCUUCCAUGUUAAAAGUGCAAGAAUGCAUAAAUUCUGCACAAACAAAGAUAAAUUCAAUAUCACAAAAAAGAGAUGAGAUACGAAGAAUGGAGGAAGAACGAAGGCGACAGGAGGAAAUUGCUAAAUUAAAUGCACAACUUGAGGAACAAAGAAGAGAAAAUGAAAGAAGACCAAAGAAAAAGAGCUUUUGGAGACGUAUUUUUGGUUGAAUAUAAAUAUUUUCAAAGAUAUAAUUUCCUUAAAUUUAAUUACAUUAUCAUUUAUAAAAAGAUACAAAAUAAAGGGAAUUAAAUAAAUAAAGA